AUGUUCCUAACUGGUCACCUUGGUUUUCGCAUCGCUUCUAUGGCCGAGGUAUAUAACAUAAUUGAUCUCAGUCCGCCGUGUAGUGGCUGUGAUACUUCGAAAGACGCAACUAAGACGCGCGUCACAGUGAAAAUGUUUACUCUCAGUAGAUUUUUGACUUCCAUUUUUAUUUUAUUUAGUGUUUUAAAUGGCUGUUUGUUUAAAGAGCUUCCGGACUACAUCCACGUCUGCAAGAGGGAUCCGGCUACUAUCAAUGACUGCGUCGUGAAGUCCAUAGAAGCACUCCGACCACAGUUAACCAGUGGCAUCCCUGAGUUGGGGGUCCCUUCUAUAGAGCCCUUCCUUAUUAAUGAGAUCAAAGCUCUGACAUCAGACAGUACUCCGCUUCGUGCGAGUGGUCACAACAUCAAAGUCACCGGCGCCAGCGCAUUCGUUAUCAAGAGUUUGUCAGUGGACCUUGACACACUGAAGGUAAGGGUGCGUCUACGCUUCCCCAAGCUGCACUUCGAGGGAGACUACAAGCUGGAUGCUCAAGUCCUCAUAGUGCCACUGAAGGGGCAGGGAACGCUGAACGCUGAUGCAGUGAAAUGCGACACAGAGCUGGUGUUCCACUCCCAAAUUGUCACAAAGGACGGAGUUGAGUACAUCAAGUUCAAGAAGAUCGAGGCUGACAUCAGCAUCAAGGACUACAGGGUCAAGCUGGACGGUCUCUUCAAUGGAGACAGGACUUUAGGUGAAGCAGCAAACCAAGCCAUAAAUCAGAACAGAGGAGAGUUCCUCAAGGCAACCAAACCUCAUUUGGAGAAGACAGUAGCGACGAACCUCCUGCAAGUUGCCAACAAUAUCGUGGACGGACUCACGCUUGAGCAGCUCUUCCCCAAACCUUAG